AUGAAAUUUUUGUCCGUGGUUGCCCUCUCGUUCGCCGCGCUCCUCUCGCCGGCUACAGCAACUUAUAGUAGCAAUAGCGAUGGCGGCCAGGUCGUCACGAAUGUCCAAUCCUGUUACUGGAGUGGGUCUGCACCAUUCUGUGCUGGAGGCUGCGGUUUUGACGCCAAGGAAUGUGCAACGAGCGCUUGUGGUGACGGAGCAUGUUGUGUGACUGGGUACAAGAAAUUAUGCUGCUACGGCAACACCUGCCAAUACUAG